GUACCUGAACAACCUACCUAAGUGAGUGAGUGCCUGACGAUUGGGUUUUUCAUCUCUUUGCCUUGGCCAGCACCAAGCACCCAGCACCGAGCACCCAGGCUGGAAAUCGCACGCACGGACCACUCGUCCGGCUCGCAACAACAGCACAAGCGAAAUCUUCCGAGAGGUCGGAGGCAGACUCUGGCAGGAGAGCUCUUUUUUUCACCUCACGCAAAAACAUACCCCCAUCACCACCCCCUUCCCAUCAAUUGGCCGCCAACGAAGCUCCCUCUUCGACCCUGGAGCCGCCCACAUCGACCUUUUCCGAUUCGACUUCUAGAUACCCCGUUUUAAUCCCCUUCUCUCCGACCUCGACGUCCCCAAACGGUCCUCAAAAUGUCUUCCGCUCUCGCCCGCCCGCUGAUGCGGACCACCGCUCGCACUCUCCCUUCGCGCCUCGCCCUCCGUUUCGAGUCUACCACCACCAAGAAGGCCACUGAGUCCGCCAAGGAUGCCGCCAACAAGGCCAGUGAGUACUCGGCCAAGGCCGCCCAGGGCCUGAGCCGCGCCGCCAGCGCCGCCGGUCCCGCCCUCUCCAGUGCCGUCGGCGCCCUCGGCAAGGUCGGCGGCCGCACUGGCAAGGUCAUCAACUUCAUCGAGAAGCAAGUUCCUUGGGUUGUCUAUUACUCCCGCGUCGGCCUUGAGCUGUCCAAGAUCGUCUUCCACGGCCAGAAGAUGGCUCCUCCCCCCGUCAGCACCUUUCAGUCCUACUUCCAGCGCGCCCUGGAUAUCCUGAAGAACCCCAACACCCUCCUGAAAUCCGUGUCAUCGACCGCCAACUCCGCCGCUGCCGCCAAGCCCGCCGACAUCGCCUCGCGCAUCAACACCGCCUCCGUGGCCUUCGGUGCCGUCGUCGCCGCUGAGUGCCUCGGUUUCUUCACCGUCGGAGAGAUGAUCGGUCGCUUCAAGAUUGUCGGCUACCACGGCGAGACCCACGCCGCCCACCACUAAACGAGCCGACUCCGAGCUUCCCCAUCUCGUGUCGAUUCGAAGGGAAAACGUGAUGGGGGCUGGUUGCUUCCUCAUUAAUUCUAACUGCAUCUAAAGGGAAAGAGCGCAAUUGGUGGUAUCGGGAUAUAGAAAUCGGUGGAGGGGGGUGUUUUUUUGGAACCAUGACGUGAAUGCUCGAUGCCCUUGGUAGAGGUUCAUGUAUCCAGUCGCACAGCUCCCGGUCGAGAUCUGUUCGACCGCUACGGAGCUGGUUGUCUGGGAAACGCAGAAAGAGAACGGUUUGACGGCCUCGGAUUCGGUCGUUGGGUCGCUUCCUUGACAGGCACCUUAUUAUUUCCUUAUGUAGACUCUGUACAUCACACGUCAAACGCAGCCCACGCACGCUGCGAAACCUGCCUCCUGCGGGUAAAUAACAGGAAACCAUUUGAACC